AUGGCGCUGCAUCAAAGACGAGUGCUGGAAAAACUCAAAUUCAGCUCUUCUACGCUCCAAAGCUGCGUCACUCUAAAAUGGCAAUACUCACUUGCACUUCUUCGCCUACCGCACACCUUCGCUGCCACACUCACCAACCAUAAAACCACUUCAUUUCCGAAAUCAGUCUUCCUAAAACCCAAUAAACAGAUUUUCCCGACCCUCACUUCAAUCAAAUCUUCCGCAGCGCCUUCUGAUCUUUCUCCUAUUGAUUCAAGCGCUGACCUUUACUCCGCUCCCUCUUCCAGUUCCCUGAAAUCCCGCCUCCGAAACAACGAAACUCUCUAUGGUCUUUACUUACUCUUCUUCUCCCCGACUCUCGCCGAAAUUUCGGGGUUGGCCGGUUACGAUUCUGUAGUUGUCGAUAUGGAGCAUGGCCUGGGUGGCAUUUCUGAUGCUCUCGCCUGCCUUCGUGCUCUUGGUGCCAUGGGUACACCGGCUAUUCUACGCCUCCCUGAAAGUUGCCAACCUGGGCCAAAAAGGCUCUCGAUCUCGGCCCACAAGGGAUUCUGUUUCCGAUGA